AUGAGUGCCAUCCUCUCCGCCGACGACCUCAAUGACUUCAUCAGCCCCGGCGUCGCCUGCAUCAAGCCGGUUGAGACUCUCCCCUCAGCGCCGGCUGCCAGCGCAUCCGAGCUCGAGCACGAGGUCAUUCGCGAUGGUCUUCCUGGUGCUGGUGGCGCCCCGCCAGCCUCCAUCUCCCUGACCGACUGUCUGGCCUGUUCCGGUUGCGUCACCUCGGCUGAGGCCGUGCUGGUCAGCCUGCAGAGCCACAAAGAGCUGCUGCGCGCACUCGAUGCAGGACCGGCUCUUGAGCUGUUGCCUUCAUCCACCUCAUACGUCGUUCAAGGCCUCGACGACCCCGAUCACCCCGACCGCCUCCUCUAUGUCGCCAGCGUCUCACCUCAGACCCGUGCCAACCUCGCAACCGCCUGUGGCCCCGGCGUCUCUGCGCAACAGGCCGGCCACAUGCUCGACCACCUGCUCUCGGGCCCGACCGGUCUGCGUGCCAGCUCUCACGGCAACGGCAACGGAAAUGGCUUCGCUUGGGUCGUCGACACAAACGCCGCCCGCGAGGCCACGCUCGUCCUUGGUGCCGACGAGGUCGCACAGUUCCAUCCCUCCCCCCCAACCUCAACCUCUUCCUCGCCACCCAAAGCCCUCCUGACCUCGUCCUGUCCCGGCUGGAUCUGCUAUGCCGAAAAGACUCAUCCCCACGUGCUCGGCCACCUCUCACGUGUCAAGUCGCCCCAGGCCCUCACCGGCACCCUGCUCAAGACCACGCUCAGCCGCACCCUCGGCAUCCCACCCGGUCGCAUCUGGCACGUCGCCAUCAUGCCCUGCUUCGACAAGAAGCUCGAGGCCAGCCGCGAAGAGCUGACCGAUGCCGCCUGGGACGGCUCCAAGGACGGCCAUGGCCACCACGGUGUGCGCGACGUCGACUGCGUCAUCACCAGCAAGGAGGUCCUGAUGCUCGCAGAGUCUCGCGGCAUUGAUUUCUUCAGUCUACCAAAAACGCCUCUCUCGCCGCUUCUACAGGACAAGUGCCAGCCAUCCUCAUCACGCCUGCCCUUUCCGGAUGCUGUCCUCGACCGUUUCCUCUUCCCACCCCGUCAAAGAUCGGCGCCCACAUCCGCUGCCGGCAGCUCUGGCGGAAAUCUGCACUUUGUCCUGCAGUCCGUCCUCGCCCAGAACCCCGGCUCCUCGCUGCAGACCAACCGCGGCCGCAACGUCGACGUCGUCGAGUACGCCAUCACCGCACCGGGCCUCGACGAGCCGCUGUUCAAGGCUGCCCGCUACUAUGGUUUCCGCAACAUCCAGAACCUCGUCCGCAGGCUGCGACCUGCCCGUCCGUCCCGUCUGCCCGGUGGUCGACCCGUUGGCAGCGCUGCUCGCAGAGUGCCCACCGGCAAGGCUGGUGCCGGCCUCGACUUUGCCUACGUCGAGGUCAUGGCCUGUCCGGGCGGCUGCACCAACGGUGGCGGUCAGAUCAAGGCCGACGACGACAUUGUCGUUGCCCGCAAAGGUCUCACCACCAAACCCGGCCCCCAAGAGCAGCGAGCGUGGCUGGCUCAGAUCGAUGAAGCAUACCUCUCUGCCGACGACGAUGACACCCACAGCAGCGCCGCAGACGGCCGUCUGGCCGACGAGAUCGACGGCAUAAGCCCCUCGUACGUGCGCGAGACCCUGGCGCACUGGGCUCGCAUCACCGGCAUCGACCUGCAGAGGCUGGCCUAUACCACAUACCGAGAGGUUCUGAGCGACGUCGGUAAGCCUGCCAAAGGCGCUGACACGGUCGAGAGGGUCGCCCAGCUCGCCGGAAAGAUUGGUGGUGGCUGGUAG